AUGGCCAAGGAAACAUCCAACGAGAACGGCCACCUCACUUCCACCAAUGUCAGCAAGCAAGUCGACGAUUGGGACGAAUGGGAAGACGACAAUGUGAUAACCCCAAUAGAUGCUGGUGAGCAGGUGCACAUUUUCCAACCGCCGAUGUCAUUUCAGGAUCAAAACACCAAAUCGGCAAGUGCAAGGACUUCUAGGCUUUCGACCACCAAGAUCCGGCGAUUGAAGUCUCGGCAAAGGCAAAAGGCCCAAAAUGCCAAAGCUGGCAUCAAAAUCAUCACCGACAUGGCCACGCUGUCGCGCGGUAAUCAUGAGCGAAGCCCAAACAUGGGGGCUGGAAAGUUUGUCGACGCUGCCGCCCUUCGCGCGCUGGAGGGUGAACCAAGCUCCGCCUCUGUGGGAAAUUGGAAUUGGCUGAGGAGAAUCUAUGGCAAGAGCCCCGACACUGCGACCCCGACGCAGAGGAACGAAGCCAAAAAUCGAGACCUGUCACCCGAGGACAGACCUAUUGUUAUCGGGAUAUCUCUGCCACCCUCGGACAUGGCGGGCCAACAAGUUCAUCCGCAUGGUGCAUGCGACGGCGGUCAAUCUUCGCAUCCAGCAGCGACCCUGGGACUCAGGCCUCGUCAUGCUCGAGAGUCCCUCAGCUAUGAAGCCGGUGGUGGCUCGAACGCACAAAAAUCCAUGUGGUCGCCCGACACUCCGGAUACAUCACCCUCCCUCAGCCCCAACAGAGCAGUCUCCAGCAUGUACUCGCAAGUCACUAUGCAUGCAAGAUUUUCCAAAACGCAGACGCCGCCUCCGGUACCCCCCGUGCCCUCAAACUACCAGGAGCCAGCGCAUAAGAAGAGGUCCAGUCUCGGCAUGGGAAAAAAGCCACAAGAUGAGGAAGGGGGUGAUACGCCCUGCACCAUGUUCGAGGAGGAUGUCGACAUAAGUCCGCAAAGGAGCGCCAAGUCCAACCUUCUUACUCUCAGUCCCGACAGCGCAGGGUCGAGGUCGCACGGUUGGUGGGACCACGUCAUUACGCCGUUCGCUGACAAGUCGAUGUCGUUUUCGAGCCGGAAUCAAGAUCUGGAGCCCCCCAAGCAACAAGCACGGAACGAUACAUGGAGACACCUCGAGGGCAAAGAAACGCCGGCUCCCUGGGCAAAGGAUUUACCUCUACUUGCGCCUUCAUCACCAGCGCAAGCUCCCAUUGUGCGGGCUCCUAUGCCACGGCGGUCAUCCUCUGGGGGACCUGAUGCUCGGGCAGUGGGGAUGCCACGGCCUUGUUCAAACGGAGCGGUCAUGGUUGCCGAGCCGAGUACUGGCAUGGCAACAACGCCACGGAUUGUCGUCACCCCUGAUUCGGCCAUCAUAUCGGACUGCCCGCCGCCUUACUCGCCGCGCGAGAAACGAGAAGGAGGUCCCAUUCGAUACCGGGCUGUCUUCCCACCCGGACAUGCCUUAAACACCCAGUUCCCGCCUACCCCGCGUCCGGCUUCGCCCGGCUUGGCAGCCACCAUGAGCUCGCAGCGAAGAGCCCAUGGGCCCAUCGACGACACACCAUCCACUCAGCGAACGCAAAUCCCUCCCACUGUCCGUGAGCCACUUCCCGUGAGAGCAGCGGGGACGUAUCGACCGCAAGAGCAUGCGCACCCGGCACCCGGCAGAAGAUACAAGGUUGAACGAAAACGACGUCGUCAUGAGAAGGAAGACGUGAUUGCGCGGCGCGCCGGGGGAUUCUGGAGGGGCCGCGGGUGCAUGCCAUCCACAGAGGAACAGCCGUCCAUCUGGGUCAACCUGACGGAUUUCCCACCCAUGCCAACGGGAGUUUUGACCGUGGUCGGUCCAGACAACACGGUUGCUAAAUCCGGCUGCACAGAGCCGAGCACGCUCUGGAGUUGCUCGCUCCCCAAGGACCAGCAGGCAGCCGUGGCUCCGUAUAAGCCGAACCAGCCGACGCUCAUCAUGCAGAUUCAAUGGGACAACGGUACGCAAAGGACGUGGGACGUGCCCAACGGAGACGCGCCAAGCUCUGUUGCGCGCAGGGCUUUCGGAGCCGCUGCACAUGCGGGGGGGGUCCUGCUCAAGCGAGCUCAGCCAGCAGUCACACAGUUCAGCCCCAACCCUAGCCCGCCGAGUUUCAAGGAGAUGUGGUUCUUGGGCGAGACGACGGACAAUGUCAAGUCGAGCCAAAAAGGCGGGGAGCCAACGCCCUUCUACAUCAGCCUCGUCAAGUCUGUCAACGACACGGCUUCCACUUCCCGACUUGGGCGACGAGAGAGCAGCCCGGAUAUCGGCAACACUACCUUCAAGGCCCUUAUUCCGCCUCCGGAUCUAGAGCCCGACGGCACGUCAGCGCCGGCGGUGAUGAUGCCAAACCCUGUACAGCAGCCGGUUCGUCUCUACGACCGGGGGCUUGCUACAGAACAUUACGCCUUCUACACGUAUUUCAAACGGACAAUCUUUCUCAAGUCGGUCAGCAUUCAGAAUCAGACAGAUGAAACCAUGCCGCUGGACCAGGACGGCGGCUGCCGCAAGACGGAAGCGUCCCACCUGGUCACGUGGGGGGAAACAAGGCUCCACGUUCAGAUAUGGACCCGAGCGCUGCAGAACAGCAGCUCGACCUUGCUCAAGCCAGACGACGGGAGCAAGGGAAUCACGGGCGGCGGCACUGGCCAUCUGGUGCGGCCGGGGACGAUGCCUUAUCCCGUAACGAUUACGCACGACACACAUGGCGGCGACCCGAACAAGAAGCUCGUUUGGGACCGACCCAUCAACGAUAGGCUGCAGGUGCAGAGGGACAAGGCGCAGGCGCUGAUCAACGACAUGGGAAUCGGCGGCACGUGGAUCAACCGCAGGGAUAGCGGGGACGCAAAGUACGGAGGGUUUGAUGGCGGGACAGGCGGGUGCAAGUGCGAAUGGGUGAAUUGGGUGUGA